AAAACCUAUUCUUCGUCACUCUUUUUAACCCUUAUAACUCAGCAUGAAAAGGAACAUGUUAUGUUUACUGUUGUUUUCUCUCAUUUUGAUCCAAAUAAAUGGAAUUUCCAUUUUAACAGGCGAAAACAACAACCAAGGAGAUCAAAUGGACAGAAAUGUAGUCCCGACAAAACGCGUAGAUAUUCUUCAGCAACUUUUAAACCAGGAAACGAUCAUCAGAAUGUCUUUAGAGAAAAAUGUGCGUGACCUCAUAAAAGAAGUUGCUAAUAUGAAGACAAAAAUUACAAUGUUAGAAACAUCUACGAGAGAGUUAAAUGGGAACGUAAAUCGUUCAUUGGAAAUAAUGGACAACGAACUGAUUUCCCGACACAAACAACUUUCAGAAAACGUUUCCAACCUCGAUAUGAUUCACCGUGACAAGCAAGGUGUGAUCGCAUUCAACGCCUUACUGACAGAUAACACCCAUCAAAGUAAAGCUGUUAUCAUCUUUAAAAAGAUAACAUUAAAUUCCGGAAACGCUUAUAAUGCAACAACGGGAAAAUUCACGGCUCCUGUAGACGGAAUAUACUCUUUUUCUUGGACUAUUGCCACAGAUGCCGGUCAGCGUCUAAGCACAGAAAUUAUACACAUUGAUAAACCUGUCAGUUAUAAUCACGUUUAUGGCAAUUACGAAACUGGAUCAACAACAGCUAACAUAGAAAUGAAAAAGAAUGAACAAGUCUGGAUCAGAGCGUACGAAGGUGGCUUUGCCCUAACCGAUUGGUCGUCUUUCUCCGGUUUCCAGUUGAAGUAACACUUCUGUUAUAAAGGACAUUAAAAGAUAAUGGAUCUCCGUACAAAAUAGUAUUUGUUUAGAAAUUAAUUAUUUAAUGAUUUGAUGACAUAACUCUAUAAGACAGUUCAGGUCAUCAACGAAAGAUAGAAACGUGGGAUAAUUUGAGGAAAUGGGAAAAAACCAAGUUUGGCAUAAACUGU